AAUAUUUUGUUAAUUAAUUGUGGCACUUUUAGCAGCUGCUAGCGAUUCGCACCGCCCCAGCACUAGUGAGACCCAAACAAUCAACUGAUCCCGUUCCAUGACCAGGAGCAUCUCCCACCUCGUGUCCAUCAAUCCCUGUCCGAGUCCGAGUGCGUUGUGAUAUUUCGGGGUCUAGUGACACCUGCGCUCGUCGCGUGUAUGUGUGUGUCUGCGCGUGGGUGCAGUGGGAAGUGCCCGGACCUGGACGCCGGGCGAGUUGCUAGCGGGAGCGUGAGCGAGAUCGAGAGCGAAAGCCAUGUAUAGGGUGCUGCUCGGUGGCCUGUGCCGCUCGAUCCCAGCCGGAGGACAUGUGGGGAGCCGCAGUGUCGUGUCCACACGCACACUGAGUGUUGCCACCGGGCACACGGAUCCCGCCGAUGAGCAGGUCUUACGAAAGCGCAAGUUCCAGCCCCAGCAGGCGCCCGAUCUGAGCGAGCAGCUGGCUGGCCAACUGCCUGGACGGGCGCGUGUCGUCAUCUGCGGCGGCGGCAUUACAGGAGCCUCGGUGGCCUACCACCUGGGUCUGCAGGGUUGGGGCGGCGAGACGUUGCUCAUCGAACAGGACCGCGUGGGCGGGGAGCUGCCGUGGAGCGCCUGCGGCCUGGCCGGCCGCUUCGAGCCGAGCUACACGGAGCUGAAGCUGGCCGAGUACUCGAUCGAUCUAAUAAAGCGACUGACGAAGCGCGGCCUGCCCACUGGCUGGCGGCAGGUGGGCAGCCUCAACCUGGCCCGUAACUUUGACCGGAUGACCUCGUUUAACCGCAUGAAAUCCCAGGCCGUGGCCUGGGGCAUGAACUGUGAGAUUCUCUCGCCCGAGCAGUGCCAGCAGCACUGCCCACUGCUCUCGCUGGACGGCAUCGAGGGCGGUCUCUGGAUACCCGAGGACGGCGUCUGUGAUCCCCAUCUGGUGUGCCACGCCUACGUGGACGAGGCCCGUCGCCUGGGCGUACAGAUCGUUGAGCACUGCGCCAUCAAGAAGAUCCACAGCGAGCACGGCAAGGUGAAGCGGGUGGAGACUACGGCCGGUGAUGUGGACUGCGAGUAUUUCGUGAACUGCACCGGAUUCUGGGCCCGCGAGGUGGGCACACUGUCCAAGCCGGUGGUGAAGGUGCCCCUGAAGGCGGUGGAGCACCACUAUCUGCACACCCAACCCAUAGACGGCCUCGACCCAAACACACCAUUUGUGCGCGACUUUGAUGGGAGGAUCUUCUUCCGGGAGUGCGAGGGCCACAUCCUGGCCGGCGGUUUUGAGCGCGAGGCGAAGAUGGUGUACGAGGAUGGGGUUAUCCCGCUCUCGCAGACGGCGCGCCAGUUUCCGCCGGACUGGGACCACUUCCACGAGCUGCUGGACGCCCUGCUAGUGCGCGUGCCCUCGUUCCGGCAGGCCAGCCUCGACAGGCUCACCAAUUCGUUGCAGGUCUUCUCGCCCGACUGCAAGUGGAUACUGGGCGAGGCGCCGGAGAUCCAGAACUACUAUGUGGCCGCAGGCAACAAGACCAUGGGCGUGUCGGCGUCCGGUGGAAUUGGCCGCGUCCUCACCGAUCUCAUCACCAAGGGCUCCACCUAUCUCGAUCUGCACAUCCUCGACAUCAGCCGCUUCCUGGGGCUGCACAACAAUCGCAAGUUCCUGCGCGAUCGCUGCAAGGAGGCGCCCGGCAAGCACUUCGAGAUCAACUAUCCCUUCGAGGAGUUCCAGACGGGACGCAACCUGCGCAUGUCGCCCAUCUAUCCGCAGCUUAAGGAAGCGGGCGCCGUCUUUGGCCAGUCAAUGGGCUACGAGCGUGCCAACUAUUUCGACCAGCAGGACAAGCAAGAUGAGUUUGGUCUGCCACGGUUCCGCAUUGCCCAGACACGGACAUUUGGCAAGCCGCCGUGGUUUGACCACGUUGCAUCGGAGUAUCGAGCGUGCCGCGAACGUGUCGGCAUUGCCGACUACAGCUCCUUCACCAAGUACGACUUCUGGUCCAAGGGCAACGAGGUCGUCGAGCUGCUCCAAUAUCUCUGCUCGAACGAUGUGGACGUGGCCGUGGGCUCCAUCAUACACACGGGCAUGCAGAAUCACAACGGUGGCUACGAGAACGACUGCUCGCUGGCCAGGCUUUCGGAGCGACACUACAUGAUGAUUGCACCCACCAUUCAGCAGACGCGCUCCAUGUGCUGGAUACGCAAGCACAUGCCGGACCAUCUGCGGGCCAAGGUGAAUGUGGCGGAUGUGACCUCCAUGUACACGGCCAUCUGCAUCCUGGGCCCCUACUCGCGCGUCCUGCUCUCCGAACUCACCGACACGGAUCUCACGCCCAAGAACUUUCCCUUCUUCACCUACAAGGAACUCGAUGUGGGCCUGGCCGAUGGCAUCCGUGUCUUGAACAUCACCCACACGGGCGAGCUGGGCUACGUCCUGUACAUACCCAACGAGUAUGCGCUGCACGUCUACUCGAGGCUGUAUCAGGCCGGGCACAAGUUCAACAUCCAGCAUGCAGGCUACUAUGCAACGCGUGCGCUGCGCAUUGAAAAAUUCUACGCGUUCUGGGGCCAGGAUUUGGAUACCUUUACCACGCCACUGGAGUGCGGCCGUAGCUGGCGUGUCAAGUUCAAUAAACCCAUCGACUUCAUAGGACGCAAUGCGCUGCUAAAGCAGCGGGAGGAGGGCGUCACGCGAAUGUAUGUCCAGCUGCUGCUCAACGAUCACGACCACGAGGUGGACAUGUGGUGCUGGGGCGGCGAGCCCAUCUACCGCGACGGCGUCUACGUGGGCAUGACCACCACCACCGGCUACGGCUUCACGUUCGAGAAGCAGGUCUGCCUCGGCUUUGUGCGUAACUUCGAUGAGCAGGGCCGCGAGCUGGCCGUGACCAAUGACUAUAUACUCUCCGGCCACUAUGAGGUGGAGGUGGCCGGUGUCCGGUUCGAGGCCAAGGUGAAUCUGCACUCGCCCAAUCUGCCCACCAAGUUCCCAGAUCGCGAGCGCGAGGCCUACCAUGCAACGCGCGACAAGCCCGAUCAGGCGGAUCUCUUGUCUUUUAGCUCCAAUCCAAUGACAACGGUGACAAGGAGCGGCGGUGGCACCGGCGGGAGCCAGUGAGAAGAAAGUCCAGGACAAAGAGCCAAAACCAGAGCGCUAUAAGUCCUGGCAUCCCCCCGCUCGUACGUUUGUUUGUUCGUUUGCUCGUUUCUAGAUUAACUCGAGAGUCUCAAAAGCCAAGCGAUAUUAUUUUGAUGUAGUGAAUUCCACCAGUGAAUGAUACGAAGAGAGACGGAGUGUCGGAGUGGGAGACAACAAAUAACAUUUGUUUGCUCAAUCAUCGAACCCUCCCCUGCCUUCCCCCCACAUACUCUGCUGAUCCGAUAUGAUCUGAUCUGAUGUGGACUUGUUCUCUUUUUCUGUGUGAAAGUGCGUCAAUUAAUCCAGAUACAAUACCCCAAAUGAUGUACGCUAUAGCUAUACCAUAGAUAUGUACGAUUAUGUGUGUGUGUGUGUAUAUAUUGAAUGAUCUUCCGGUGAUUUUGAAUUGUUGCACAUUGUUAAAUCUGGCACAAAGGAAACGUUUUGUUUUUGCUCAAAGCUUGCCACCAUCCAUCAGCUUUGCUUUGCAGUUGUUAACGAUGGCAUUUGGGCAAAUUUAGCCAAAAAUGCUUCUAGUAGAAAAACAAAAGAAAAUGAAAAAGAAAGA